AUGGAGUCUAGUUUAAAACCAGAGGACAACUUACACAGUGAUUCAUCUGCACCAGGUGAAAAUGAGUAUACUUCUGGAUUUCCUCAAGGGAUUUGCGAUGAUGUACCCCAGCAGAGGUACCUGUGCAGCAACUGUAAUAACGUACUGAAUGAGGCACGUCAGACUUUGUGCGGCCACCACUACUGCCUCGCUUGUGUUAAUUGGUUAGUGAGGUAAGGCAUUCCAAUUAUUUAUAUUCUAAGUUUUGUGAAACAUCUUCAUUAAUAACCAAAGUUAACUAUUUCCUCAUAUCACACUCUAGCCAGGUCUUUGUAUGUAAUAUAGCUUACAUUUCCAUUUUUUGCCUUCCCCUUAUGUUUUUAAAGGUUAAGAUAUUACAAUUAUAUGUUAACAUAUUUGUGUAUAUGGUAUUAUACAUCUAAUCCCAUAUGUUCAUUGUUGUUGUUUAGGCACAACAACAACCUUGUUUGCAAGAUGUGCAAAGAAGAGGAUCCGAGCUCAGAGAGUGAAACAAGCAGACUGACAUCAGACAAUGUAUGUAUAGUAUUACUGCACUUUGUAUAUACAGUGGGGAAAAAAAGUAUUUAGUCAGCCACCAAUUGUGCAAGUUCUCCCACUUAAAAAGAUGAGAGAGGCCUGUAAUUUUCAUCAUAGGUACACGUCAACUAUGACAGACAAAAUGAGAAAAAAAAAUCCAGAAAAUCACAUUGUAGGAUUUUUAAUGAAUUUAUUGGCAUAUGAUGGUGGAAAAUAAGUAUUUGAUCAAUAACAAAAGUUUCUCAAUACUUUGUUAUAUACCCUUUGUUGGCAAUGACACAGGUCAAACGUUUUCUGUAAGUCUUCACAAGGUUUUCACACACUGUUGCUUGUAUUUUGACCCAUUCCUCCAUGCAGAUCUCCUCUAGAGCAGUGAUGUUUUGGGGCUGUCGCUGGGCAACACAGACUUUCAACUCCCUCCAAAGAUUUUCUAUGGGGUUGAGAUCUGGAGACUGGCUAGGCCACUCCAGGACCUUGAAAUGCUUCUUACGAAGCCACUCCUUCGUUGCCCGGGCGGUGUGUUUGGGAUCAUUGUCAUGCUGAAAGACCCAGCCACGUUUCAUCUUCAAUGCCCUUGCUGAUGGAAGGAGGGUUUCACUCAAAAUCUCACGAUACAUGGCCCCAUUCAUUCUUUCCUUUACACGGAUCAGUCGUCCUGGUCCCUUUGCAGAAAAACAGCCCCAAAGCAUGAUGUUUCCAACCCCAUGCUUCACAGUAGGUAUGGUGUUCUUUGGAUGCAACUCAGCAUUCUUUGUCCUCCAAACAUGACGAGUUGAGUUUUUACCAAAAAGUUAUAUUUUGGUUUCAUCUGACCAUAUGACAUUCUCCCAAUCCUCUUCUGGAUCAUCCAAAUGCACUUCAGACGGGCCUGGACAUGUACUGGCUUAAGCAGGGGGACACGUCUCGCACUGCAGGAUUUGAGUCCCUGGCGGCGUAGUGUGUUACUGAUGGUUGGCUUUGUUACUUUGGUCCCAGCUCUCUGCAGGUCAUUCACUAGGUCCCCCCGUGUGGUUCUGGGAUUUUUGCUCACCGUUCUUGUGAUCAUUUUGACCCCACGGGGUGAGAUCUUGCGUGGAGCCCCAGAUCGAGGGAGAUUAUCAGUGGUCUUGUAUGUCUUCCAUUUCCUAAUAAUUGCUCCCACAGUUGAUUUCUUCAAACCAAGCUGCUUACCUAUUGCAGAUUCAGUCUUCCCAGCCUGGUGCAGGUCUACAAUUUUGUUUUUGGUGUCCUUUGACAGCUCUUUUGUCUUGGCCAUUGUGAAGUUUGGAGUGUGACUGUUUGAGGUUGUGGACAGGUGUAUUUUAUACUGAUAACAAGUUCAAACAGGUGCCAUUAAUACAGGUAACGAGUGGAGGACAGAGGAGCCUCUGAAAGAAGAAGUUACAGGUCUGUGAGAGCCAGAAAUCUUGCUUGUUUGUAGGUGACCAAAUACUUAUUUUCCACCAUCAUUUGCAAAUAAAUUCAUUAAAAAUCCUACAAUGGGAUUUUCUGGAUUUUUUUUCCUCAAUUUGUCUGUCAUAGUUGACGUGUACCUAUGAUGAAAAUUACAGGCCUCUCUCAACUUUUUAAGUGGGAGAACUUGCACAAUUGGUGGCUGACUAAAUACUUUUUUUCCCCACUGUAUGCUGGCACAAGUGGAUAGGGUGGAAUGAUAUGGCAGGCCUCUAUGAAGUUGAGAAUGGGCAAACUAUUUUUAUGGUACACAUAGGUAGAUAGCGUUGGAGAAAAACCUGCUUUAACAACACAAAGGAUAUCCUUUCAUAAGACCAUUUGAAAUGUAGGCUACAGUUACCUUUUCAGUCUCGAUGUAACACUGCAGCCUCAAUAAGUGGAAUUUCCUGUAAAAAAGCCCAACAUGGGAUGAAUUGAAUAAAAAAUGAAACCUCUCUUAAAGAAUUCCCCAUGUCCCUGUAUAUUUACAUAAAGGUGUGAAUAUCAUUUCCCCUUUUCAUUAUUUGACUAGUUUGCAUGACACAAACACCAAAGUGCUGUGUGAAUGAGCUUGAAGUGGGUAGGAUACUGCUCUAACAUAGGGAGGCAAGAUUACAUUUAUUCCUAGGUACACAAUCAAAUAGAGGCUCUAUAAUAUUGGUGCUUCUAGUGUUAUUCAAAGCAUUCCCCUUUACUCAUUUACUUCUGGCAUUCAAGCACUUGUGUUCCUAUGUAAAAUUCAUGUAAAUAUUUUAGCUGGAUAGAAUAAAUUAUCCACUAUUAAAUGUUUUUUAUAACACUGAUUGAGUUACAGUGCAUUCGGAAAGUAUUCAGACCCCUUCACUUUUCCCAAUGGCUGGUCCACUCAGGGACAUUCAGAGACUUGUCCCAAAGCCACUCCUGCGUUGUCUUGGCUAUGUGCUUAGAGUUGUUGUCCUGUUGGAAGCUGAACCUUCGCCCCAGCCUGAGGUCCUGAGCACUCUGGGGCAGGUUUUCAUCAAGGAUCUCUCUGUACUUUGCUCCAUUCAUCUUUCGCUCGAUCCUGACAAGUCUCCCAGUCCCUGCCGCUGAAAAACAUCGCCACAGCAUGAUGCUGCCACAACGAUGCUUCACCGUAGGGAUGGUGCCUGGUUUCCUCCAGACGUGACUCUUGGCAUUCAGGCCAAUGAGUUCAAUCUUGGUUUCAUCACACCAGAGAAUCUUGUUUCUCAUGGUCUGAGAGUCCUUUAGGUGCCUUUUAGCAAACUCCAAGCGGGCUGUCAUGUUUCUUUAACUGAGGAGUGGCUUCCGUCUGGCCACUCUACCAUAAAAGCCUGAUUGGUGGAGUGCUGCAGGGAGUGCUGCAGGGAGGUUCUCCCAUCUCCACAAAGGAACUCUGGAGCUCUGUCAGAGUGACCAUCAGGUUCUUGGUCACCUCCCUGACCAAUGCCCUUCUCCCCGGAUUGCUCAGUUUGGCCGGGCGGCCAGCUCUAGGAAGAGUCUUGGUGGUUCCAAACUUCUUCCAUUUAAGACUGAUGGAGGCCACUGUGUUCUUGGGGACCUUCAAUGCUGCUGAAAUGUUUUGGUACCCUUCCCCAGAUAUGUGCCUCAACACAAUCCUGUCUCGGAGCUCUACGGACAAUUCUUUCGACUUCAUGGCUUGAUUUUUCUCUGACAUGCACUGUCAACUGUGGGAUCUUAUCUAGACAGGUGUGUGCCUUUCCAAAUCAUGUCCAAUCAAUUGAAUUUACCACAGGUGGACCCCAAUCAAGUUGUAUAAACAUCUCAAGGAUGAUCAAUGGAAACAGGAUGCACCUGAGGUCAAUUUUGAGUCUCAUAGCAAAGGGUCUGAAUACUUAUGUAAAUAAGUUAUUUCAGUUUUUUAUUUGUAGUACAUUUGCAAAAAUGUAUAAAAACCUGUUUUCACUUUGUUAUUAUGGUGUAUUGUGUGUAGAUUGAUGAGGGAAAUGUUUUAUUUAAUAAAAAUAAAAAAACAAUUUUAGAAUAAGGCAGUAACGUAACAAAAUGUGGAAAAAGUCAAGGGGUCUGAAUACUUUGCGAAUGCACUAUAUUGCAUACGCUUUAGCUCCCCAAAACAGGAGACUCAUAGGUCUGACAUUGACGGUGACAUAAUUUACCCCUCUAAUCAGAGCCUGUAUUCAGAUUUUAGCAGAAAGGUCAUACAAUUUAACUCACCAGAGAAUUGCAGUAACCUGAACUGUUUCAUUGCUCUGGUGUUACUCCACUCAGGGGAUGUAAGGUUUAAGAAAGACAUUGAAUGUGAAGAGAUUGCUAGAGUGGAGUGGUGUAAUUAGAAUGUCUGUAGAAUUGACAACGUUGAACAUGUUGACAUUUAUCUGAUGUGAAUUAGUCCAUUGCUGAUGCCCUGAGACCAUAGAAAGACAACGGCUAGAACAGAUAUUCCCAUUCAAGUCAAUGUUAUAUUUCUAUGACUGAGACAUGUCUCACCAAUACAUAAUUAUAGUGAUAAGUCAUAUGUUAUGUCAGCAGGUAACAUAUAACUAAUACGUCAGCAUACGUGACAUAACUAGAUUGGUUAAAAAGCAUUAUUUCAACUUAUUUUAAAUGAGACCAUGUUGGUCUUCACUGUAACCGAAGGAAGAUCUAGGCCCAGCAGAAUGUGGUUCAGCAUCAGCUCCUCCAAACAUCCUAGGCAGAAGAGACACCCCAUAAUCCUCUUACUUGUUUAAUUAGGAUUUUGGUUUGUUGUGCUAAAAUAAUAGGCCUGGAGUAUAUUCAUAUCCAUACAACGGAACAUUUGGAAAAGUCUAUUGACUCCUAUAUUUUGAUUCAAUUGGGUUAAUUGGCCACAGUGAAUACUUUGAGCAUCACAGUGGAAUGGAAACUAAGCUUAUAUUUACGUUCAUCUUCCCUUGUAUGCUCACAAAGCAAAGGCUUGACUGUCUCUGACUGUUACUUACACAGUAGGUGCAUUGUUGGUAGUCAGUUUUAAGUAGCUACUGUUGUAUUGAAUUAUUAUUAUUAUGAUGAUUAAAGAGAAGAAGGGCUUUGUGUGUUUGUUGCUUUUGAGCGGUAGAGACACAGCAGCCCUUAACAGUUCCACUUCAAACUGUGUCAACUAACAACAAUGACAGCCGGAGAACUUUGUCAUUCAAACCAGUUUAGCACUGAAGAAAGCGCCAGUGUGAUAUGUAGAAAUCAAUCUAUUCUUUAUUGUGCAAAAUAAAACUCGGAGGAAUAAAGUGAUUUAACGUAGUGGAACUGAAUUAGUAAUUGAAGUACUGAAAGUUGAUCUUAAUUAUCCUAUGUGUUACUGCCGUUAUUCAGUGAUGCUGCCAUCAAUAUGGAGAUCGUGGAGUUGAAAGUGCACUGUGCUAACCAAGGCUGCUCCUGGAGGAGUAUUCUCAAGGACUUUGAGGUGUUGACACUGUUUUACACAUUUGUGAAUGAUACAAUUAAGAAUGUUCUUUUUCUUUGCCACCAUGUGACCAUUUUAAUACCUUUCACAGUACUUCUGUAAUUAGAUCAGGGUCAGGGGCCAAUUUGUAAUUUACGCUAAAGCAAAAGUCCUGUUGUAGAACACUUUAAGACAACAACAUCUUUUAAAUUGGUACCAAAAUAAUUAAUACAUUUUAGAACUAAUGAGGACAAUGGCCACUGAUGGCUGAUAUUGACUUUGCACUGCUAUCGAAAUGUUUAUCCUCCAAAUGGAUUGAUUCACUGAAAUGUUGUGCUGAGCUUGGGUUGGUUUAUUGUGAUUUCUGAAUUGUCUUGAAUCCUCUUUCAUGAGCACCAGGAGCAGUGUGAGUAUGCCCUGAUCCCCUGCAACAUUGGCUGUGGUCACACGGUGCUGCGAAAGGCCUUGGCCUGUCACCUGGAGAAGGCCUGUCCAAACAACAUGUCAGUGUUCCCCGCAUGCUGCCUCUCUAUGGGCCCCUCAGAGCUACAGGUAAGACAGGCCCAAAUUAUUAACUUCCAGGCGUGCACUCAGUAGCUGUCAAACUAACUGCCUCGUCCGAGUUGCAAGUCCUGCCACUGACAGGUCUUGCUGAGAUUCUCAAAUGUUCACCCCUGGUAUUAAGUGUUUUUCCUCCUGGAAAUAUAUAGCCAGUGUAUGGUUUCCUGUGGUUUUAUACUGCAGGGGCUACAGUCGCUGGGAAUUCUACAAAUUAAGUUAGAAUUGGUCCCUAGUGGAAAACCUUGGUUGGGGACGAGGUCAGCGUGACAUUGGAGGGGUCCCCGCAGCGCAGCUGAAGCCGCAGUGUCUCUAGUGUUUACUGCUGACCCAUAUUCCAUUUCAGCACUGAUCUGGGGAGGGCAGGGUGCUGCCGAGAGCUUUGGACCGCAGCGAAGGGGAGCAGAAAGCCUCAGAACACUUUAACCAUUAGGGGUUAGGACAUCAUGAUUUGGGAAGAAAUGUGUAAAAUUAACUGUAAGAAGCAAUUGCAAAAGUUCUGUGUGUAGACUACUGAUUGCACUAAAAUAGGAAUAAUGUACUCCUUUCCUGUAUUUAAUCAAUGGUAUAUUACUAGAUCUCUCGUGUAGCUAUCGAUUCCAUGAAGAAGAAAAAAACAGUAGGCCUACAUCUUACUGUUUCUCUCAACAUCUUCAGCAUUUAUGUGUGUUGUUUUACAGAAGCACUCAUGUCACAGUCCUGGGGAGAAAAAAAACAAAAGGUUGAAAAAAAUAUUGUUUUUAAUGUAGUGGCUGUCAAAUCCAAUGAUGUUAUUUGUUUUAUAGCUACUGAUGGUUUUUGUGUAACACUUUUUGUUGUUGCAUUAAGUGUUAAUUGUCAAAAUUGUCUUGAGUCUACAGAAAAAUCCUCUUCCAGGUUCCAAAAGGCAAGACUCUUGUGUUUUCUCUGAAGUUGGUUGCACAUUUAAGGUAAUCUAAUAGUUCCAUUAUUGCAUUACAAGAACAUUAUUGAAUUACAAGAAAUGGUGCAUCAAAUACAAAGACCGUGUGGCAUAUUAUGAAGCUUUUGCUGUACAGUUGUUGACGUUUUAGUCUUUCAAUCCCAUGUAUUUUAGGGGACCACAGAGAAGGUGAGAGUGCAUGAGAACAGUAGCCAUGUCAGCUACCUUCAGCUCCUGCUGCGUGCCACCACCACCAACAGCAGUGACCUAAAGUUCUCCCCACUGACAGCUUCUGCCCCAGGCAAGAAGAACAGGGCUAUGGUUGAGCAGCUGCCCCAGCUCAGAGAAGCUCUUUCUGACUUGAAAAUCCACUGGGACAUGGGGCCGUCGGAGGGGGAGCUGGAGGCGGAUGGAAGGGACGGAGGGGACGGAGGGGAUAGCUCGGCAGGCCACAGCCUGCGAGAUGAUGACCAGGUGACCAUCCUCCUGGACGUAGGGCGGCAGAUAGACACACUGCAGCAGAGGGUCCAGAUAUCGGAGAACAUCAUCUCUGUCCUGAACAGGGAGGUGGAAAAAACCCAGCUGAGCGUGGAGGCUUUGGAGAGGGUGAACCAGAGCAGCCAGGACAUGAUUCAUCAAUUAGAAAUAAAGGUACAGUAUAUUGUGAGUCAGAGCACACGGUAAUCUUUGUGGACCAGUUAUAUGACAUAAUGCUGAUUCAUUCCAGGGCAUACCGUAAAAAUAAAAAAUAAGAAGUUGAAUCACCUAAAUUCAGUUGAAUUAUACUUCAUAAAAAAACCAUUAAAGGUCCAAUGCAACCAUAUAUUUUUUUUAAUCUCAAUAUCAAAAGAUUUCUGGAAAACAAUUAAGUACCUUACUGUGAUUGUUUUCAAUUAAAAUGGUCAAAAAUAAACUAAACUUGGUUCUUAGCAAAGAGCAAUUUCUCAAGCAAGAAUUUUGCUAGGACUGUCUGGGAGUGGUCUGAGGGGGAGGGGACAACUGAAAACGAACUGUUAUUGACAGAGAGGUUUGGAACCCUCUUUCUUAUUGAUCUAUUAUCUAAUUUACCACCUAAUGAUGUCACCAGGCAGGCCAAAGCUCCAUCCCACCAAAACACUAUUUUCAAACAGCUCUUACACUAAAAAGGCAUUAUCAUAAUUUUCACAAUUUCACAGUAUUAUUCCAACCUCAUAGUGUGGAAAUAUAUAUAAAAUGGGCCUUUAAUAAGGGCAUGCAUCAACUACCCUCCCAAAUUACAGAAAGGUAGGCUAAUACAUUCAAGAUAGUAACUUUUCUGAUGCUCCUAAUUUGCAGUGGUGGAGUUGUAGCCUUAGUAUUGCUGCAUACAUCCACUAUUCUUGAAGAAAAUGAGAAUAAUAAAAUGCUGGUCUGGCUGAACAUUGAGGGGGAAGGGAGUGCAUCAAAUGUCACAUCUUGGUUGGAAAAAUGGACCGUUGACAAGAAUGAAUUUCGUCUUCCUGAAAAAUAUCCAUUUAUAUCCCGUUUCCGAAAGCGUUCCUCUCCUUCUGUCACGAUCGUUGUAAGAGGCAGACCAAGGCGCAGCGUGAUAGGCGUACAUCUUUUAAUGAGUACUUUACACCAACAACAAAACGAUACGUGAAGUCUAAAGGUUCACCAACACAAACCUAUACAGAACAAGAUCCCACAAUCAACUGUGCAAAACAGGCCUAAGUAUGGUACCCAAUCAGAGACAACGAGCAACAGCUGCCUCUGAUCGGGAACCACCCUGGCCAACAUAGAUCUAAACGAUCUAGACAGACAACAAGGAACAACUAAACAUAGGAACUAACACCCUGGCUCAACAUUAAAGAGUCCCCAGAGCCAGGGCGUGACACCUACUCUUAAAGUAGAGAGCCUCUUCUCAUGUAACAGUACAUAGAAUAACCCUAACCCCCCUCCCCACACAAUGAAACAGAUUUCAUCUUCUUAAGAAGGCAUAGUCAGGUUAUAAAUAUUAACAUCCUCCACAUAUAAUACAGUAGGCCCAUACAAACAACAGACAUCACACAGAAAACUGUUGAUGUCUGUUGUUGUUGUCAGAUACAUCUAUUCGGUCCCCUCUAUAAUUUGUUCUCUCCUCGCCGAGCUUUCUGAAAUUGUAUUGUUGUCACAAGUCUUGACAUUGCAUUGUAGCUGAAUCAUCUGAAGCGGAGACAUGUUUAUAUUCUCAGCCCCAUUAUCCUGGUCAGAUAACACGUAACUAAAUAUUAUGUUUAGGACCUUUCAAUUUCAGCUGACUGUCUGGGAGAUGUUUAUUUGGAAAAUAUACAAUUACUGCUUCGUUUUGUUUACUGUUCAAGAAUGUUUUGGUUUUGAUUUGAGAUAAAUAUUAGAACAUAUGAUUACAGUGGUUAAGAAGAAAGAUGACAACUUAUUUUACAAUAUAAAAUGACAUUGCAUUUUUCUGUUAAUUAAGCUGACACAUUUCAGUGGCCAAUGCAAAAAGAAGAGAGAACCUGGUAAUGUGUUUCUGUAAAAAAUGUACACUCUUAACUAUUGCUUGCUGGAGAUGAAAUCUGUUUCAUUGUGUGGGGAGGGGGGUUAGGGUUAUUCUAUGUACUGUUACAUGACAAGAGGCUCUCUACUCUAAGAGUAGGAGAGGAACGCUUUCGGAAACGGGAUAUAAAUUGAUAUUUUUCAGGAAGACGAAAUUCAUUCUUGUCAACAGUCCAUUUUUCCAACCAAGAUGUGACAUUUGAUGCACUCCCUUCGCCCUCAAUAUUCAGCCAGACCAGCCUACCUUUCUGUAAUUUGGGAGGAUAGUUGAUGCAUGCACUUCUUAAUUGCCCUGGAGGGGGAUGAAUAAAGUUGGAUGGAAUUGAAUUGAUUUGAAUUGAUUGUUGCCCUGUAGGUGACAGAGCAACAGCACAGACUGGCCAGGAAAGAUCUGGUCAUCAGCUCCCUGAAAGAAAGCCUCCGUGCCCUCCAGGAGGUCUCCUAUGACGGCACCUUCAUCUGGAGGCUGUCUGACCUCAGCUCCAAAAUGAAGGAGGCCAUCUCUGGCCAUGGGAAUAGACCUAACCUGUACUCUCCUGGUACAGUAUUCUUUCAACUCCACCUAAAACAGAAAAGCCAGUGGUGAAGGGCAGUCAAUUCACAGGGACAGUCUUCUAUGUCUUCAUUAGAGAGUGCUUAAUUUGAACAAAAUAAUGUUUAUGUAGAUGCUUUGUUGAAACAUUACACAGACAGACAAGUUCCCUCCAAUAUUAACAUUUGUAUCCACUGAAACAUUGGCACAAGUUUGAAUCAGCAUGUUUGUGUCCUGCUUUUUCUAGCAUUCUACACAACCAGGUAUGGAUUCAAGGUGUGCAUGAGGCUGUACCUGAAUGGUGACGGGGUGGGAAAAGGCACUCAUAUCUCUGUUUUCUUUGUGAUCAUGAAGGGGGAGUAUUAUCCCCUCCUCUCAUGGCCAUUCAAGCACAAGGUAAGGCUCUCUCUGUAAUAUCUGUGUAACAGACAUCAUAUAUUGUUUAUUUAGAGGGCUGAGGUUUUCAAAUGAAAUGUUAGUUGAGAUAUUUCCCUAAAGUAAAAAAACAAAGAACAAAAAUUCCUCGAGUCAUUAUAGUUCUAGUUCUCAUCUCUUUCUCUCUGCAUCAUUAAGGUAAUGACGUAACGAGUCAGCCAUCUUGUGAAGUAUGUCUGUUAGACAUGUUAAUGUCUAAUCCGUAUAUCUCCUCUCCAGGUCACCUUCUUUCUGCUUGAUCAGAAUCACAGAGAACAUGUGAUUGACGCCUUCAGACCAGAGCUAACCUCCUCAUCCUUCCAAAAGCCUGUCUCAGAUAUGAAUGUGGCCAGUGGUUGCCCGCUUUUCUUCCCCCUUGGUAAACUUUGCUCGCCUAAGCAUGCCUAUUGUAAAGACGACACGAUCUUCAUCAAGUGUGUUGUUGACACUUAAUCCUGACCCAUGCUUCAAAUAAUGUAU